AUCUUCAAGUAUUUUCAAGUUCUCGUGCCAAACAGAUACUUAAAUUCCAAAAAUCAUAAUUUCAAAAAAAAAAACUCAAAUUUCAACUUCUAAAAAACAAUCCAUAGCCAAAAAUGUUUACUUUCAAAAACUCAAUUCUCGUGUCAACCAGGUUUUGGAAAAACUUCCGCCCUUGUAUACUAAAAUUCAAAACAAACUCACGUAAAAUGCAUGUAUAAACUCAAUUUAAAUUUCAAAGACUCCAAAAUCUAGAACAAUUUAUAGCCAAAAACCGCAACUUCAAAAACUCAAAUUUUCGAAUUCCUAUAAACUUAUAAAGGCAUCACAUUCUUCCUUUAAUUUUUUUCACCUUAUAGAACUUUCCCUCCUCUUUCAAGAAGAACAAAAAAAAAUGGCUCUAGAUCCAACAGCCUUCAAAACCAUCGUCCCGUCCCGGUACAUCACCUUCACAAUCCCAAAUCCAUUGCUUCAUCUUCAUCACUUCAAUGCUUCUCAACUCCGUGUUGCAGUUCUUGAUUCUCCGGGGCCUUCAGAACCCGUUCAAAUCGCUGCAAUGUUGGUUCCGAUCGGUCGGGAAGCUGAUUGGUAUUUUUCAACCGAACAAGGUCAUCUACAACUCAUACUUAACUUCCCUCAGCUCUCUCGACUUGUUUUAAUUGGGAAUUUACCGAAUUCGACUAACCCCAUUUCGUAUAAUCCCCUGUUAUGUACCGAUGGUGUGGUGGGUGUGGCGGAUUUGGCUGUUGUUGAAGAGAAUUUGAUGCCAUUGUUGAUUGAGUUGAUACCCAGAUCGGCAUUUUGUCGAACAGGUGAUGGGUUAUGUGAAAUUCCGUUUUUGAGAUAUGAAGAUGAGGUGGUUCGCAGUUUGGUGUUGGAUAGAUGUGUUGGGGAGUUUGUUGGAGAGAUUUUGAUUGAAGAUGUGGAGUUGGAAUUGGAAGAUAAGGGUGUUAGAGAGUUUAGAAGGAGAUUGAGGUUCAAGAGAAUGCCGAAUUUGGUACAAACACAGAUAAAGAUUCAACCUAAGAACCUCGAUUUUGUUAACAUGGAGGGAGUAGAAUUUGAGAUUGUUGAUGACGGGGUUUUGGUUCAUCCUUAUUUGACUCCAAUGGUGGCGGGUCUUUCAGUAAUCCGAUCAUUCUUGGACGCGAAAAUUGGAAAUGGGAUAAAGCCGAAAGCUCUGUGUUUGGGUGUUGGAGGAGGGGCACUUCUUGGUUUUUUAAGCUCUCAAUUAGGAUUCCAAGUCUUGGGUAUUGAAGCUGAUAAUGUUGUUUUAGAAGUAGCAAGGAGAUACUUCGGCUUAGAACGUGGUAACUCGAUACGUUUAUGUGUUGGAGAUGCACUAGACAUGAUUGGGAAGUUUGCGACUCAAGUUGAAAGUGAUGGUUUUCGUGGUUACGUUUUGAAGAAUGGUGAGCUUUUGAAUGAUUUCGAUUGUAAAUUUGAUGUGAUCAUGGUUGAUUUAGACGCGACUGAUGCUAAUAUGGGUAUGAGUGCUCCUCCUUCAGCGUUUUUCCAGAAAUCCGCGUUGUUGGCUAUAAGAACAUUGCUUAGCAAAGAUAGUGUUGUCAUCAUGAAUGUGAUUCCUUCAGACAAGACAUCUUACAAGCUAGUAAUCACUGAAUUCAAAGAAGUUUUCGCGCAGUUGUAUGAGAUAGAUGUUGGAAAUGAAGAUAACUUUGUUCUUAUUGCCUCUGCUUCAGAAAUCGAACAUGUCCCUGUUCAUCGUCAAAGUAAAUUUCUAAAGAAGUUGAAACAAGUAUCAGGAUGUUUUCUGGACUCUAUAAGAUUGAUCUGAAAGGGUUGUUGGUUGCUCAAGUAAAUUUGUGCAGCAUAUGGAGUGAUAUUUUUUGCUUAAGUUUUCGAUAGAAACAAUGAGCCAGGACAAAGGCAAAUCUAAUAGUUUUUUGGACGAUAGAGAAAACAAGUUGUAUAAAGUUCAUUUGAGUUCAGAGAAUUACAAACAUGAAUUUUGCUUUCAUAUUGGUUGUAUUUGCAUUGAUAGAAAGUUUGUGCAUUUUCCUUAGGAGUUUAAUACGAUGUUUGCUUGGUGGAAUAACUAA